GGUCAUUUACAAACAACGUCUUCAUUUAUCGCGUCGAUGGCUUGCCAAUCGGUUUUGAUAGUUGCUGGGCGUAUUGACCGAGACUCGAAUCAGGAGAAGUUGUCGAAGCUUCUUUACGAUGGCUUACUGGCUGCAUUUGGUGAGGAUCUGGACAAGUUAGAUGCACAAUUUUUAAAUUGUUUAACCAAGCCUGUGAAUGCAAUUGAUAGUAAAGAAUAUGGCUCAACAUUGGAGUAUGUUCUUCGUGAAAAUAUUUCCAUCCGUGUAUUAUUUAAUCCAACAUCAGAUCAAUUACGUUUUGGUUUGCAAGAAGCACUUAGUCAUGUGAUUGUCAAUAAUAAUUCAGUUGUUGAAUACCCAGUGACUCCAUCAACAUUGGGUAAAGUUUGUAUGGUGUAUAAUGGUCAACUACAUGGUUUUACUGGUGAUUGGUUAUUACAAGAUUCAUCUUUCAGUGGAAACAAUUUAUUAUUAUGGCUUAAUAGUGAAGAAGCUAUGAGUUGGUGGCCUUAUUUAAAGAAAUUUUCAAAUUUUGGUGAUCAAAUAAAAUUACACAUUAUCACACCGAUUGCUGGUACUGGAACAUGUUGGCCAGUGGAUAAAUCUGGUCGUCCACAUACUGUACUUACACAAAUCAACACUCGUAUGGCUAAAAUUGACAUUCUUAUAGAAGCAAGUUGGCGUUUGAAUGGGAAGCCAUUAAAUAUUCAUGGAAAUUUAUCUGGUUUUGAAGGAUUACGAUCAUUUGUUGAUCAUGUCAUACAUCAACAUCCGAUUACUACAAUACAGUCUGAUUUAAAUAGUAUAUCAACUGGUACUGCAUUAAAUACUACACGUCCUGUAAUCUAUAUAUUCCCAGGACAUGGAAUAGCAUCACAAUCAUGUGCUUUAUUUGCUAUACAAGGUUUUACAGCACUUCUAGGUGGAAGUUAUACAUCACAAACGGUUCCAAAUUGGUGGUCAAUGGUGAAGCAUUUGCCAAAAUUAGAUGUUACACUUCUUCCUGAUUGGUGUCCAUCAAGUAUUUUGACAUAUCGAUUCAUGACGCAAUUAUUAAAAUCUGGACAGGAUUCAAUUGGCAUAUUAGGUGAAAUAUUAGUGCCACCUGGAAAUACCUCCUCUACAGAAGGAUUGUCCGAUAUAUCCACUGGUUUAAUAUUAACUCCACCUUCACUUAUAUCAGGUCUUCAUCAAGGAACUUGGGCUUCAUCCUCUAAUCCUUCAAAUGACACCAUCCCUUCUUCUGUAGUUCUUUAUUCAAAGUUGGGUUGGGGUGAAUUAAAACUACAACCUUUGUCACAUCGUUCUGGUCUUGUACUUAUAUGGGAAUCAGUUGUACACGAUUUUACUUCACAGCAACCUUUGUGCAUUGUGAUGCCAUCUGUAUUACCAACAAACACUAAUCCAGUUCAAAAUUUGACACGAUUCAUUAAAGGAUUAUGCCAAAUUCCACAACUUUCUGGUCCAACAUCAAAUCGUACUAUCAAAUCAGUUGUUAAACUUGGGACGAAACAAUUAGUUCGAGCUCAACCUGCACGUCCUUCUAAACCUACUUUACAUGCAACAGGACAGAAAGAGACAAUUACAUCAAAAACAGCUAACUCUACAAUGAAUGCUAAGCCAUCACCAACUAAGCCUAUUUCAUCAACUCCUAAUCAUAAUCAACGAACAGCGACUACUACUCCAUUAAAGACGCCAUCGUUAGCAGUAAAUCAAUUGAAAAAACCGAUUAAUGAGAAUACAACUAACUCUAAAUUAAUGAAUAAUUCCCAUGGAGUUGAUUCUCAUCAAAAACGUCCAUUGUCUUCAGUAGACACAAAGAAAACAUUUAGUGCAUCGAAACCACAUGUUGCAACUACGAAGCCUGUUAAUGGCGAGUCGAAAACAACUAAUCGGCCAUUGUCUGGGCCUAAAGCAACACCGCUAGCAAAACCGAAGACUACAACUACUACCAUGGCAGAACGUUUGACAGCACAUUCUAAUCUUGUUAACCAGCAUGGAUCAAAAGCUCCUCCUCGUAAAUCAGAGCCAACAACACAUUUGCCAAAUAAAUUACAAACAAAGAAGACUUCUAAUUUAACUGUGACAAGUAAUCGUCUACCAAGCGCUAAACCUGUUAAAGAAGAAUCAGAAACAGUUGAACAGACGACAGAAUUGGUUGAUUCCUCCUUACCUCCUGCUACACUUCAGAAUAUAUCACUUAAUAAUGAACUAACAUCAGUCGAUCCAAUGUUAAACAGUUUGAUGAAAUCAUCUAUACAUGAAAACUCAGAAAACCAUUUAGACAAUUUAUCACUUACAAAUCAGUUUGUCAUAACAGAUAAUAAACACAUCAUUUCAACAGGAACAUCAUUACAAAGGGAAGAAGAAGAAGAAGAACAGAGAGAAGUAGUAAAACAACCACAACAUGAAGUAGAAGAAAAAGAAGAAGAGUAUAAAGUACAUAAAGUGUUAAAAGAAAAUCAAAUGCUGGCAGAAGAAUCCGAUGAGCAAUUGACUAUUGACUUAGAAUGUGAAUUAAAACCAACUACACCAUUAUCGUGUGAUGACUCACUAGCCGAAGGUGAAGAAGUGGAGGAAGAGGUGGUGGAAGAAGAAGAAGAACAUGAUCACGAAGUGGUAGAGAAGGAAAUGAAUUCUUUUAAUCUAAAUCAGUAUGAACAAAAUCAAGUAACCGAGGAAGAAAUUGUAUCUUCAUUAGGAUUUCAUGAUAUGCAAUCUUACAAAACACCAUUUGAUACUCCAUUUGAUGUAGGUAUAACAGAAUCGUCAACAGUUUUUGAAACUGAUAGUAACAAAUCUAUAGGUAAUAGUGUAGUAAUCGAACAACAUGAACCACAGCAUUUAGAACAAAAUGUAGAAGAUGAAUUAAACAGAAAUGUUGAUAUCGAAGAUAACCAAACCUAUGUGAAUCAUUUACAGGAAGAAUCCUUACCAUUCAUUGUCAACAAACAGUCGCUGGUCGAAAAUUCUCACGAUAUAAAUUAUUUGACAACAAUGCAAGAAACGGGACAAAAUGAUAAUAUUUUUGAGUCUGAAUUCAAUGUAAAUAAUGUUUUAAAAGAACAACAGGUUGUUGAACGCAACGAAGAAAAUUUCCAAGACGGAGGUGAACAGCGACAACCAGAGAAGGAAUUUAAUUUAGGCACUCAAGACUUAUCAUAUGAAAAAGAAGAUAUUAUUUGCCAUCGUUAUGACAACUCUAUGAGUGUUAUAGGGAAUGGUUUAUCUCCGUUGACCAAUAAAACAUUGAAGUUGGACGAACAAAUGUUCCCAUGCAAUGAUGAUGCUUUUGUAACUACACCAGGUGAAAUGGAUAAUUCCUUUGACAAGAUACAAAGUCAACGACCAAUAGAAGAAGGAUACUAUGAACAAAUUAAACAGUAUCCAGAUGAAGGUGAAACGAUACAAAUGGAAGGUAGAGAAAAGUUGCUAAAUUACUCAGUUGAUCAUUCACAAGAUGAACUAUCUUCAUUCCAUGCUGUAACAGAUAUUGAUGCUAAUAUAACUAGUGAUUUGAUGCCUGAUUUCACUGAUCCUCGAUUUAGUAACGUGACAGAACAACCUCACUUUAAAGAAGAAGAGAAAUCUGGAAACGAAGAUGAAUGUGAAAUACACUAUCAGCCACAACCAACCGAAGAAACAUAUGAUGAAAAUGUGCAGGAUGUACAAUAUGUCCAGAGAGAACAAAUCGCAGAAAAUUUCAACGAUACUAUAAGUCAGCUACAGGAUCAACUGUCUCCAUCUGUUUUUGAGAAAGAGUUAGUUGAAGAACCUCAUGAAUUACUACAGUCCUCAAAUGACUUAGACACAGAACAAAAAGUAAUUGAAGAAGCUGAUGUGAACGAAACUGAGCCUAAAGUAAUCGAUUCAAAUAAAAUUGAAGGAGUAAACAUCAUCGGACCAUCUGAUUUUCUCACAGAAGUUAUUCCUCUAUCUGACGAGCAGAAUAAUGUGCAUAUCAAUCAACCUUAUAGUUAUGUGCCUGAAGAUUAUUCACUUCAAAAUGAUGAUUAUGAUAAUGACGAUGAUAAAUUGACGAAAUUUUCACGAACUGAUGUAGUAAAAGCAAUGGAUAAUGAACCUGUUUACAAACAAACACAUAUCAAUCUCAUCGCUGGUGAACAAACACACUUAACACAAACUGCAGCAGAUGAAGAAGAAGAAGAAGAACAAGAACAAGUUACUAAUCUUGAUAAUAUACAAUAUCAUGAUGAUGUUAUAGAUCAUUCUUCUCAACCAUAUAAUGUCCAAACUCAUGCACACCUAGAUGAAAAAAGUGAGGAAGGAAAAUUAAAUAAAUCAUUUACAGAACUAACGGCAAACUAUGAAGAGAACUACGUACCUAAUUCCACUGAAACUGAAUAUGAACAAAAACAUGAACAAUAUCUAUCAGAUCAAGAAACACAUAUUGAUAUGGAUCAUCAUAAACAAAUUGAAGAAACUCAUUCAGAUAUUGAUGAAAUGGAAAAAGAAUUUGUCAUACCAUAUCAACAAAAACAAAUCAAUACUGAAUGUGAUGAAUCCUCUUUAAGUCACAUAAAUAUUGAUUACAAUGUGAAUUAUGAUAUGACAACUGAUGACUACAAUAGAACAAUGAAUUCCCAUGAAAUUCACUCACAACAAAAUAUCGAAUCAGAGGUUGGAAAUGUUUCUCUAGAACAAGAUAUUGGAAAUGCUCAAGACGAUGAGAUGUUACCAGAUAAUUCAUUACUUAGUACAGCAACGACUUAUCCUAGUGAUCCCACUAAAUAUCAAGUUGAUUCAAGUACAGAUCAAAUAAUAAAUAAUAUUCAAACUCUAGAGGGAUUUCCGUACAAUAAUCAUUACCUGUCAGAUGAAACAAAUUUUACGAUUCAAAGAAAAGUCGAGACAAAUGAAAUUGACGAAGAAUCACAUCAAAAAGUAGAUUCGACAACCUACGAAGAAUCACAUAUUGUUAGUCAUGAUAUACAUAAUGAUGUUGAUAGUCCUAUUGAAAUCCACUCAAAUUCAUACCAAGAAUUUAAUAACUCAUUACAUAUUGACACUGCAACAAAUGUUGAAGGUCAUCACCAACAGCAAUUUAUUAGUCCUGAUUCAGAAAUCUCAGAUAAUUCAACCGUACAAGUGCAGCAACACUAUGAAGAACGUGUACAGGAAUGUGAACAUCAACAAGACGAACAACAUUCUGAAGCUGAUUUAUUAAUUUAUAGUCCAAAUCGUUCAGUCUCACCAAAUUACAAUAUUGUCAGUUCAACACAACAACAUUCAAAUGAAGAAGAAGAAGAAGAAGAUAGAGAUUAUGUUGGGGAUGAUACUGUCGUGUAUCACAAUGAUGCGGUAACGAUGAGUAAAGAGUCAGACAUAGAUCGUCAUCAGGAUCAGCAUUAUCAACAAUUUGAUGUAGAUGAAAAACUACUUGAGAAUUCUACAAUAAAUGGAUUUUCAAACUAUUCUAACGCCGUCCACCAACAACAACAUCUGUAUUCAGAAAUCCCGACUGAUGACAGUGAAGAAACAAUGAUGCAAAGAAUGACGAUGAUGAUGUCAACAAAUGUUGAUGUAAAUAAUAACGAUAAUGAUGAAAUCACAAAUGAUACCACUACUACUAAAAGUGGUAAUAGUCACGUCAAUUUAGAGCAGCAGUAUUUCAACGGAAACACUAUUUAUCAAACAAAUGAUAAUGUAAACGAUAUCGAUCAUUCCAUACAUAUCACUCCAAUCACUAAUCACCAUCUUCAAGACAGUUAUAUUGCACAUACAAACGGAUUUAAUGUCUGUGCCAAUGGUAAUGAAUAUUCCAACUUGAAAACAAAUGAGAUCAAUGAGGAUGAGAAUCAAGAUGAAAUUUAUCAGAAUCAAUGGAAUAAGAGUAAUAAUCACUAUCUUUCAGAGACAGCAAUUGAUGAUAUGAACUUUUCAAAAGACUCAGAAAGUGAUUAUAUGAAAGCAGCACAUAUGACACAUUCUUGUCAUGAAGAAGAAGAUGAAGAACGUUCAUAUAUGAUCAUGACUACAACUCCACCACCAUCUGCUACAUCUACUACAGCCACUACUAUAACUCCAUCGAAAGAUAUGGAAAACUUUGGGAAAUUUUUCAUCGACAAAGAUCAAUUUUUACAGGAUAUACGUCAGAAUACAUCAUCUCAUUGUAGUCCAACUGAAGAAAAAUUUGAUCCAUUGAAAGCUUGGGGUCAUCCACUGGGUCUACCAGCACCAGUUCCGCCAACUACAAAUCAUUCGAAAUUACAUCAACAAACGAAUUUAACUAAACGUGUACGAUCAGCUGAUACAAGCGGGAAGGCAUUAAAUACUGAUGAUUCAACUCUACCACCUGGACCACCAGUUUAUCUUGAUGCUAUUUGGGUUCCUAGUUAUCUUGUUCGUGUACCACAAUCUUUAAUUGUGGAGUUUUUCAUUCGUGUUCGAGCAAAAUUAUACAUUUUAUCCGGUGAAGCAUUACAUCCUAAUAUCGCUGAAGCAUUAAUUACAGCUAAAACAAAGUGGAAUCCAGAUGAUGUUUCAUAUCUCUGUCGUUGUGACGCUAAUUCACCUGAUGCCUCUAUAACGAUACUCCCAACAGAUGAACCAAAAGAAUGGAUACGUUGGUUAGAAACACCAUGUGGUCGAUUAGACGAACAGAAAGGUUCUGAUCGUUUAAAGGCAAAUCAUUUUCAUCUGUUACCUGCAGCUAAUCUAUGCAGUACUCAAUUUAAUGCUGGUGAUACGAUAUUUGAGUGUGAAGGAUUACGUGUUGAACUUUGAAUGUCCAUAAGAAAAUUAUACGACUAUAGACUUAACGUUAUUCAAUUAGUUGAACGUGUUGUACUGUAUUCAUUAAAUUAAUCAUGUUGAACAAGGUGAACUGUAUCAUCAAAAUUUUGAAAAAGGUCAUAUUUGCUUCUGUUUUUUCUGUUUUUAAGUUCAUCAACACAUCAUGUAAACUGCGAAUAUCUAAUAAUCUCAUAGUUUCACGUUCCCUCUUCUCAACAUUCAUGCUGUGCUAAUUGUUCAAAAUCGUACAAAUAUAUAUAAACACACACACACACAAAUCCAUACAGUUCAGCUCUAUACUUGUUAAGCAUAUUAAUUGUUGGUGAAAUGUUUGUCUCUUUCUUUAAGACUACACUCAAGUAUACAUGAUGUUAGUAUUUAACUGAUUACUUUUUCUCGCCAAUGCUUAUUAAACGGUGAAACAUGUCAAUGGGAAUAAUCUGUUGACUGAUGUACUUUAUAGCUCAUAUAUAUAUACAUAAACUUAUUCCUUUGUAUUCUUUCAAUUCAACUACUUUUAACUGAACUAUACACACAACGAUUUAAUUCAUUUGCCUUCUCUAUCAUUUUCUAUCUAUUUAAUAAUGCCAUUUUUAUUUUUCAUUUUUUUCUUUCGUUUAAUUAUCUUUAUUUUCUUUUGUAUUUUAUUAAAUUUAACCUUGAAUCUAAAUGGAAGUUUGUUUGUUUGAAUAGAUAAAGCUUGAUUAUUAAGAUGCAUUCGGGUUAUGUCAUUUCACAAUAUCAAGUAAAUGGAUAUUAUUAAUGAAGAAGUUGACUAUUCUAUUGUGGUACUACAUAGUUGAACCAUUAAAGUUCUUUUCCAUUUGUUGUUGUUGUCGGUAUUGUUUAUGUGUAGUUUUUCUUUGUGUAGUUUCUUUUUUUUUCUUUUUGUUUUUUGAUCUGUGAAGUUUUACUCUAUUGACAAUAUCUUGUACUUUUUUAAAAAAAUUUCUCAUGAAUACCGUAGAAAUGAAGGGGAGAACAUCAAACAAAAAGUGCAAAAAAAAACUUGAUUUUGAUCUAUUAUUUUACAUUUACUCUUUUCUAUUCUUCUUUAUUCUUUAUUAAUUCAAUGGAUUUCAAUUACUUUUUCUUUUCCUCUUUCAAACGAAUUGUUUGUUUAUCUUUAUUUGUGUUGAUUUUUCUCAUUGUUCCACAUUAAGUUUGCUUGUAUUCGUUGUUGAUUUUUGUUUCUUUUUCUUUUUUUCUUCAACAGCAUAUUCACCAGUCAUAAAGAUCAUCAUUGCUACGAUUACUCUAUACUUAUCUUUCAUUGCAACUUAGUUAAUUAUGUGACAACAAAUUACAUUUCUGUUAAUCAAUGAAAAAAAAUAUCUUCAAAAAAUCGACUGCUCAUUGUAUUCAACUGGAAAUGAUCAGUUCAUUGUUAGCUUGAGUUGUAGAUGUUUAUUAUUUUUGUCUUGUUUUGUUUGCGCUUUGUCAUUUGUAUAAUUGUGUUUUUUUUCUCCUUGCUAAAUCAUUUUCUCCAAAAUUAAUUUUACACAUUUAAAUCUAUGUGUAGAAAUGAAGAAGUUGCCAUGUAUCAUUUGGUUGAUAAAAUAGAAUUAUUGUCAUGUUCAACUG